AUUAAGUGCAAAGCUAUAUUUAAAUAUUGUAUUCUUUUAACUAUAAAAGGUCAAUAAUGACCAUUUUUGGACCAGAACCCUCGGGUAUGCAAACUUUGCAUACUUUGAAGAAAAGGGGGAAUUUUGACUGUCAACAAAAAUACACGUAUUAUUAUAAAUAUGCGGUCUCACUAAAAAGCGUCAUAUUCUAAAUUGCAAAAAGCAAAUUUCAAUAUGAUAUUGUUAAGCAUCUGUUAAUGCCAAUUUACCUGAGCUUACAAAAAAUUCUUUAGACUGGAAUUUGUUUAAGAUUAGAAAAUGUAAAAUUGUGGGCUUUUAUAACUACUAUUUAUAACUCAAUCAUAAUUAAAGGAUGUUGGUGUAUUUUCUGGUUUGAAAUUAUGAAUAGUGGGUUAUUUACGAAAACUGGUCUUCAAUCCCACAGGCUUAGGGUAUUGAUUUAAUUCAUUUUAAAUUCUUAAGUCAACUUUGUAUUUUGUAUUUUUUUUUUAGUAGAAUAUGAAUCCAUACAUGCAGCCACUGAUUGUUUAAUCAUACCUCCAGCCAUACAUUAUUAUGAAGAACUUCAGAUGUUUUUAAGUUAAAAUAAAAUGACUAAAAAUGUACUUAUAUUUCAAAUUUAAUUUCUUUCUCUAUUUUCAGGAAAUACAACAAAUUUGCUAUUCCAUAUUGAUCACGACCAUAAAAGGACUGCUUCUGGGGAUGAAAAUAAUAACAUUAAAAAAGCACCCACCCAGCCAACAAUUCAGGCUCUGAAUGCCAACCCUGGUCGUCUUACACAGACGAGUAGAACCAACUUAGACGAUGCAUUAUUAAAGUUAAUUGUAGGAAAAGCCCUUCCAAUCAGCCUUGUGAAAAAUCCACACUUCAUUGAAUUUACCAAAUUACUAGACCCAAGGUACAAGUUACCGUCUCAGCAAGAUGUUGUGAAGUCUUUAAACACGAAGAAAGACCAGAUGCGUUCAACCCUUAAGCUUGACCUUGGAUCUGUAUCAGAUGUAGCCAUAACACACGACGGCUGGACAAGCUGUGCCACAGAGAGCUAUUCAGCUGUAACAGCACACUUUAUUGAUGAUAAGUGGAAUCUAAAAUCAGCCGUGCUGCAGACUAAGAAGGUGGAAGGUUCACACACUUCAGAGAAAAUAGCUGAAGGUUUAAAAGAAGUACAGACCAAGUGGAAACUACCAACAUCACUUACAUUAGUAACUGAUAAUGCUGCUAACGAACGAAAGGCUGCUGAACUCCUUGGAUGGACACGAUUCGGGUGCUACGGGCACCGUAUUAAUUUAGUGGUCAAACAUGCUCUUGAGGUAACUGAGUUGAACAAGAUUUUGGGUAAAUCAAGACGACUUGUAACAUUUUUUCAUCAAUCAACAAGCGCCACUGAUGCUUUAAUUGAAAAACAAAAGUUAGUGUUUUCAAACACACCAGGUUUGAUUGGACAUAAACUGAUAACUGACGUUCCUACACGUUGGAAUAGUACACUGGCAAUGCUUGGCAGAUUGGCAGAACAACUUCCUGCUAUAAUGAGUAUUAUCUUUGAUACAAAUUGUCUAAACAAAACUGCAAUAAGCACUGUAAAAACCUACUGUCUAACAUCUGAAGAACAUUCUGUGGUGCAGGAACUCAUUUCUGUUUUAAAACCCUUUGAAACCGCAACAACAAUUUUGUGUGCAGAAUCUAGUCCUACUAUGCAUAAAGUGCUUCCUUGUAUGGUAAAAAUCAAAAAAGAAGUUGGAAGAUGUUGA